AUUCCCUGCAUCAUACCCAAGCCACAAACCUCCACGUUUCACCAUUUCUGUUCAGUGAUCAUACUCGGUCCUUAUGGAAUAAAGCCUACUGGCGACAGGCGUGCAGUUUCAGAAAGCAUCUCCCCCGAUUCCGACAUUCCUUUGUUGAUGAGGUAUAAUGAUGAGCAGGUCCGGGAGAGUUUCCUCAACAACUUGCAUGAGUGCUGCAUUUGUUUCUCUGAGCACCCAGGCAUUGACUUUGUCAGGCUACCA